AUGAUAGCAGUAAAUACAUGCUUCCGUCAUGGAGAGAAAGAGAAAUACACCUGGAUCUCCCCUGAUGGGCACACAAAGAACAUGAUUGAGUAUAUCAUUGUCCGACGAAGAGAAAGAGUGGGAGUAAAGGACUCUCGUUCACAUGUAAGUGCCGACUGUGACUCGGACCAUCAGAUGGUGUGGAUGAAGAUGCGAGGAAAGGCAUGGAAAUCCCAGAGACAGAAGAAAAGGAUGCGGAAAAGAGACCUGACUGUUUUAGGAAGGAGCAUGACCAAGAGGACGUUUGAAGAAACACUUAAAAGAAAGGUUGGGGACCAUCUAACAUGGACGUCGCUUCACCAGGGUCUGGUCGAGUCAAUUGAAGAAGUUUGUCCUGAGAAGCCCCCAGUAUCCAAACCUUGGAUUGAUGAGGAAUGCUGGAGGCUCAUACAAGAGAGAGCAGGUGCAAGACAAAGAGAAAUGAACUCAGACGAACACCGAGAAGCUACAAAGAAAGCCAAGAAAGCACUUUGUAAGUCAAAGAGAAAGUGGUAUGCAGAUAUCUUGAAAGAGACAAAUGAGGCGCAGGCACAAGGAGACUACAAGACAGUCUACAAGAACAUCAAGAAGGUGAACGGAAAGAAGAUAAGCAAGCCGGGAAUCGGUAUCAAAGAUGCUGAUGUCACAAUGAUAUAUGACAAAAAAGACAUCAUGAAAAGAUGGAAGGACUACUGUGCUGAACUAUUUGGCAGGGAAGAGCAUGUACAGGAGGAGAUAGAGAGAGGUGAGGAAGAGCCACUGGUCUUGAAGCCGAGAUUGAAGCCACUAUCAAGAAGGCAAAGAAAAGAAAAGGCGGUCGGAAUAGACGAAGUUCCAGCGGAAGCUUUGAAAGCAGGAGGGGAAACAAUCAUCAAAGCCAUGAAGAACAUCAUUGACGAGAUCUGGAGAACAGGAGAGUGGCCGGAACUAUGGGUGAUGUCUGAACUUGUUCCCUUACCUAAAGUCCCUGGAACCCAAGAUUGCACUAAAUACCGAACAGCUGGCACAUUAUUUGGUUCCACAAAUCGCAGAAGAGCAAUUUGGCUUCACAGCAGGAAAAGGGACAACAGAGGCAAUCCUAGUGUUGAGGAACAUCAUACAGAAGAUAGCAAAGAAACAAGAGGCUGA